UGUCCCGGAUGCAGCAAAUUCACACUGACUUGAUUUGGCUGAUGAGCUUCACCUGUGUGUGGCGCGAGCCGGCUGGGAGAAAUGAAGCAACAGGGAAGAUGCGUGGUUUUCUACUUGAACUACAAAAUUAUUACUGUAAGGAAAACGCACACCUUUAGUAAAAACUCAACUGGAAGCCUUACACUGAGGUUGCGCAGAGGGUGGAGCUGCGUGGAGAACCGGAUACGCUGCUACCAGAGAGGAGCAUGGAGGCGUUGUAAUUGACUGUGAAGUGGAGUUUGGGAAGAGCUGGGAAGGAGAAGCAGGUGACUGAAGGAGGAAACGAGAAGACGAGCAUGGCGCACUCAUCUGUUUGGAUCUUUCUGUUGUGCUUUUCGCUCACUCAUCAAAGGGCUGCAGCCCAAGCUGAAGCUUGCAGGACAGUGGUGCAGGCAGACAUCGUGUUCCUGUUGGAUGAGUCAUGGAGUGUGGGUCAGACCAGCUUUUUUAGAGUUAAAGACUUCAUCUCAGCCGUCAUGUCCUCCUUUCAGGACAGCGCAGUGGGAGCUGAGGGGGUUCGCUUCGGAGUCACUCUCUUUGGGGAUGUUCCGAGGAUGCUGGUUGCUUUGACAGACUACAGUUCACUUGAGGAGGUGCUCAGAACUGUUGGAAACCUCCCCUACGGUGGAGGAUCGAGGAGGACGGGCAGCGCUCUCCAGUUCCUUGUAGAUUCUGUGUUCAGCCCUGCCAUCAGCCGAGAUUUUACCCCAAAGAUUGCUGUUUUGAUCACAACCGGACGCUCGGAUGACCAGGUCGACCUUGGAGCCAAGGCGGUUGCAGACAGUGGGAUUACACUCUUUGCAGUAG